UCCUUCCUGCUCUAUCCUAAGCUCUCUAACCCACAUCUUCAACCUAUCACUCUCCAUGGGCACCUUUCCCUUCCCGAGCAAACUAAUGACCUACUAACUGCUAAAACCAAUGGCCAUUACUCCAUACUAUUCCCAACCAAUGGCCACUACUCCAUACUCAUCCCAACCAAUGGUCACUACUCCACACUCAUCCCAACCAAUGGCCACUACUCCAUACUCAUCCCAACCAAUGGCCACUACUCCAUACUCAUCCCAACCAAUGGCCAUUACUCCAUACUAAUCCCAACCAAUGGUCACUACUCCAUACUA